AUGAAGUUUUGGACGGUCAUGGCCUUGGUGGCGGGGGCGGUGGGGUUGGAUCCAGCCGUGUGUGCCAAGUACAACACCGGCGCCGGCUCUCAGGGCACCCUGGACCAGUGGAUGUCCAACGGCCUCUGCCACGACCACUGCCAGGGCUUCGCCUACGCCGUCACCAACGGCAACCAGUGUUGGUGCUCCAACUACGCUCCGGGGGACACCGUCGAUAUUGGCGAGUGCAAUCAAGGGUGUCCUGGUAUCGACUUGGAAAUGUGUGGCGGCAACGGAGCCUUUGGCUAUGUCAAGCUAAACGGGCAGCCCAGUGGCACCAUGUACGACUCGAGCAAAUCUACCUCUACCUCGUCGCCACCGUCAUCACUGACGGCGCCUACAACUCGUACCACUCCCUCGACUACACAACCACUGACCCCACCGCUGACACAAUCGCUGACACAACCGCUGACACAACCACUGACCCCACCGCUGACACAACCGCUGACGCAACCACUGACGCAGCCAUCGACGCAGCCACUGACACAACCACUGACGCAGCCGUCUACACAACCGUUGUCGGCGGCACCAGUGCAACUGCUGGUGCUGUACCAGACACUGGUGUUGUUGGUGACGCUGGUGGUGGAGCUGGUGGUGACAAAAACUAACCAGAGAACUGAGACCACUACCACCGUGCACACCACCGAGGUGCUGGUGACGACGACAUCCACGGUCCAGACGUCGGAAGAACCGUCGCUGACGUCAUCGAGCGAGUCGUCGUCUUCUUCUUCGGAAUCGUCAUCUUCUUCGGAAUCAUCUUCAUCUGAAUCGUCGUCGUCGUCAUCAUCAACGUCAUUGUCAGAGUCAAGUCAGUCUUCGGAGCUGAGUUCGUCGCUGUCAUCAUCGAUGCCUGGCCCCACUACGGUGGUGCUGGUGAUGACGGUGGAUGGCUCCCCCGCAGUGACGACACGCUUUAUCACUACCCUGACCGAGCCUGUGGCCACCGAUAGCGCUGCUGCAGCCCCCACAGCACCUCCGCAACAGAAACUGAAGGGGUUCUUCGAUCUGGCGGGUAAAGUGGCGGGGACAUUCACCGCGGUGGGUGUGGUGGUGGUGGCGCUCGCCGCGCUUCUCUUGUGGUGCUGCUGCUGUGCUGGUCGCCGCAGCGUCACCGACGAUGACGACUACACCGACGAGGACCGCCUGGUGAACGACCCCGAGAAGGGCGUUACCCAGGUUAAUUACGUAAAUACCCCACUGAGCGUGCCUCCAGCGUACUCCAAGUCCAAUGUGACUACCACCCAGCAACUGGUGCGGCGUCUGCCGUCGAUUAGCGGGAUGUUGACCUUAAUGGGCGCCAACACCUCUAACGACAAGGAGAUGAACCGCUCCCAGAGUCGCAAGAAAUUGAUACCCUCGGAAGACGAAAUCAUCGUGCCACCAGCACCUCAGUUGGAUCUGCGUUUAGACCCGCUGACAAUGUUUUUGAGCCAGAACUUGCUGCAAAAGCUGUUGGAUGACGACGUUGACUACUCGCGCCGGGUGUUGCGGGUGGCCAACCCGGACAAUUCGCUCAACGCGGCUAUGGAUCCCCUGGAGGGGCCACAAGCUUAA